AUGACGCUGGAAGACCCCGGACAAGGGGCACAGACGCAGUCUCUAGACGAGCCGCCCAUCGGCGCAAUGGAGCCAGCACAGGGGAGCGCCCACGAGACGCCUUCCGCUGACCGCUUCGCGCUUUUGCAAACGCAGGCACAUGAAAGAGAGACGACGUCUACGGAGGAAGAAGAAAUGAUUGCCAUGCUCACGGGCAACCUGGACCAGCAUCUCGGCUGGGACACACAGCAGAUUUUGGAAGGUGCCACGCGCUCGACCAGGGCAGACAGGAUGAGAAAAGAACCGGAGGGGUUUGACGCUGAUGUACUGCAGGUACUAACGAGACAGCGGAACUUCGUCCGAAACGGAGGAUACCAGACCCCGUUGUCCCAGUCGACCCUUGUCGAAAGGGUCGCCAUAACCAUUCUCACCGCCUGCCCCGGUGUGCCCCCGGACGAGGUCCUCGCCGAAGCCAAAAAGGCUAUCCUGAAUAUGAGGGAGGACUACACUGAGAACAUCAUAUCUGCGGUCCGAGACAACCUCCGCAAUCGCAGCCAGCCUGCGCUUAGCGAGGGGAUUGAGGAGGGCCCGGCAGCGGAGACCGCGGCCUCAGCGGCUUUUGACCUGACCAACUUACCCCUCCCCGAACCAGAGGAAUAUUUGAUUGAGGAUCCACAGGUGGUCGCCUACUUGUGCCGGGGUCAGCUCCCAGAUCUUACGGAGCUCAACGUCAAGCAGCGAAAGGAAGCUAGACGACAGAUCCGCGACAGGGCCCAGCUAUGA